CAAAUCAAAAUUCUUCUACAUCUCUCUCUCUCUUGAUCACAAAAGUUUGCUUCGAAUUUUAAACGCUCUUCUAGUGAAGAAAACCCUAAACUAGAUCGGAGAGUUUGAAGGACGUUUUGAGCUCAGGUUGUGCUCGGAAAGAAUGGCAUCAUUUGUGGAUUCAUAUUCACUGAAAUCUGUAGCAGAAUUGCCCGCAGCUUUCCGCUCUGUGUUUUCUUUCAGGUAUUUUAAUUCCUUGCAGAGUGAAUGCUUUGCUGGAUGUUUCCUUUCCGACAUAAACAUGGUUGUGUCAGCUCCAACUAGCAGCGGUAAAACAGUGCUUUUUGAGCUCUGCAUUCUGAGACUUCUCUCAAGGUUUCUUUCCAGGGAGGGAAAAUUCAAUCAUAUGAAAGGAAUCCUGAAAACAAUCUACAUAGCUCCAUCAAAGGCCUUGGUACAGGAAAAGCUCCGUGACUGGGACAUGAAGCUUGGUUCAUUGGGAAUUGGCUGCUUAGAGAUGACAGGUGACAGUGAAUUUUCUAAUACAAAAAACAUACUGGAAGCAGAUAUCAUCUUAAGUACUCCUGAGAAGUUUGAUUCUAUGACCCGUCAUGGCGUAAGGGAUGGUGGCUUGAGCUUCUUUAGCGAUAUUGCACUUAUACUCAUUGAUGAAGUUCACCUGCUAAAUGACCCACGUGGAGCUGCUUUAGAGGCAGUGGUUAGCAGAAUAAAAAUGCUUUCUCAGAGCAAACAGAUGAGCUCUUGUCCUUUGGCAAGUGUUCGCUUUCUUGCCGUUUCCGCUACAAUUCCAAAUAUUGAUGACCUAGCGGAAUGGCUUCUGGUCCCACCCCAAGGGAUUAAAAGAUUUGGUGAAGAGAUGAGGCCAGUCAAGUUGACAACAAAAGUUUUUGGCUAUGCUCCAGCGAAGAAUGACUUUUUAUUUGAAAAGCGCCUUCAAGCUUUCAUAUUUGAUAUUCUCAUGCAGUAUUCAAAAGGAAAAUCUGCUCUAGUUUUCUGUUCAACCAGAAAAGGAGCACAAGAGGCAGCUCAACACCUUUCUCAGAUUGCAGCGAAUCUUGGAUACUCUAAUCCGUUUAUAAAAUCUAAACAACAACAGGAGAAACUAAAGGAAGCGUCUUUUUCUUGCAGCGACAAGCAAAAUCAAUCGUGCAUCUUGUAUGGUGUUGGUUAUCAUAACGGUGGGCUUUCUUUAAAGGAUCGGAACCUUAUCGAGGGUCUUUUCCUUAAGGGGGAGAUUCAGAUCCUCUGCACCACAAACACUCUUGCACAUGGGAUCAACCUACCGGCACACACAGUUGUGAUCAAAUCUACACAAUAUUUUAAUAAGGAGAAAGGGAUGUACUUGGAAUAUGAGCGGUCAAUGGUACUGCAGAUGUGUGGGAGAGCUGGUCGGCCACCAUUUGAUGAUACUGGGACAGUCAUUAUAAUGACGAGAAGAGAAACAAUUCAUUUGUAUGAAAAUCUCUUAAAUGGUUGUGAAAUGGUUGAAUCUCAGUUGUUGUCAUCUGCAAUGGAGCAUCUAAAUGCUGAGAUUGUUCAGCUUACGGUAUCUGACAUAAGCUUGGCAAUUGAAUGGCUGAAGUGUUCGUACUUGUAUGUGCGGAUAAAAAAGAAUCCUGAAAACUAUGGAAUAAAAAGAGGAAUUCCUUGUGAACUCCUAGAAAAGCACAUGCGAGAAAUAUGUGUUAGGAAAAUUAAUGAGCUAUCAGAAAAUGGAAUGAUCUGGACAGAUGAUGAUGGCUUCCUGUUAAAGCCAUUAGAACCUGGAAGAUUGAUGACAAAGUUUUACAUGAAAUUUGGCACAAUGAAAGAUAUUGUUAAAGCUCCUGAUGGUUGCACAUUGGAAGAUGCAUUACUUAUUGUUUGCCAUGCUGAGGAGAUUGCUUGGAUUCAGUUGAGACGUAAUGAGAAGAAACUUCUCAAUGACAUAAACUUGGAUAAAGAAGGCCGGUUGAGGUUUCAUGUCCUUGGUGAAAAGGGGAAAAGGAAAAAGCGCAUCCAGACAAGAGAGGAAAAGAUAUUUGUACUAGUGAAUGACUGCUUGACAGGGGAUCCUUCCGUUCAUGAUUUAUCACUCAACCAGGAUGUGAACUCCAUUUGCGUGAGUGGCUGUAGGAUUGCCAAAUGUUUUAUCUACAAAAAGAGUUACAAAGGAGCAUUAAACGCAACUCUUCUUGCCAAAUCUCUAUACCAGAGACUAUGGGAUGAUAGUCUUUAUUUGCUAAAACAACUUCCUGGCAUCGGAAUGGUCACUGCAAAGGCACUGCAUUCAGCAGGCAUUAAUUCAUUCAAAGCAAUGGAAGAAGCUGAUCCCAGAAGGAUAGAAAUAAUAACAGGUCGUAAGUAUCCAUUCGGGAACCAUAUCAAAGAAUCCCUACUAUCACUUCCUCCAAAGAUAGAGAUUCAAAUAGAGGAUGCUGAAUACAAAAGGCAAGGAAAGUCAAAGUUGGUAAUAACAUUAACUCGGUUAUCACAGUCAACUCUGCCAAGUAAACAGCAUUAUGCAGACAUGUUAGUAGGUUCAGAAGAAGAUAAUAAGAUCCUUUUCCAUGAGAAACUAAGAGCUGGAGAAUUCUCCAGCCCUUAUUCCGUGACAGUUCUCGCAUCAUGUCCUCAGUAUGGAAGGUUGACUGUGAAAGUAGAUCUUGUCUUUGAAGAGUACAUUGGUGUUGAUGUCCAUCAAAAGCAUGUAAUUACGUGGGAGGAUAAUUUCGUUAGGAGUCAAGCUCGUCAGAAUAAAGUUGUUGCAUCAGAUUACUCUAUUCCAGAAGAAAUUUUUGUUAGGGAAGUUGAUCAUAUCAACAACUCUCUGGGCACAUCUGGGAAACACUCUACUUUAAAGAGUUCUGAAAUCGCUCUGGCAUCAAUGCCUAGCUUUGACCUCCUAGACGAAGAAAACGGAGAAGAUCCGUCUGCGUCUGAGCCUGCAGACAUUGAUAGCAAGUCUGUGUCUGAACUGGAUGAAACUGAAAGCAGAUCUAAGGCCGCAGAUACAAUAUUUGACCAUAUUCGGAAGAAGUCUAAAAACUUUCCAACCCUAGUGACUUCGCGAGGCAUGGAUGCUUCUCAUCACCCCCUGAUCCUGACCAGAAAAUUUACAUCAAAGAAUCAGUGUACAUCUGAUGAAAGUGAUUUUUCCAAAGGAAGUGCUGUUAUUUUGAUAGACUCGGAACCGUCUGAAGCCUCCUCUCCCCUGGUAAUUGACAUUUUGAACUCUCCAGUAGAGGCAGCGAGACAAAGUGAUGAUGUCUCCAGAAGCUCAAGAAGUGUUGUAACAUCAGUGCAUUCUACGGAAGCUAAUGGCACUGUGAAUGGUGACUCAGACAAAAAAUGGCAAUCCUCCGGUCACUUGAUAAUAGAUGCGCAAGCUGUUGGAUGCAAAAGAUCAUAUCCAUUUGAAUCAUCAAGUCCAACUUUUGAUGUGCAAGGCGAAAAUCGAUGUUGUUUAGAAAAGCCACCAGAUCAUCAGAAGGAAGUGUCUUUCCUCGGGUUUAAGAGUGUCUUCUCAUUUCUUUGAUGUUGAGCAAGAGACAGUCUUGCUUCACUUGAUGAGUCUUUAGCAGAUUUUGAUCCACUACCAUAUGUUGUUGAGUUUUUGUUGCCAGUUCCUGUAAAUGAUAUGUAAAUAACUUUGAACUGCGCUAAGAUUUUGGUUGAUGGAUGCCACUGAUUUUGUCUAUGUGAAAAUGUGCAUGACAUCUCGGUCCGUA